CGGAAACCAGUUAGGACACAACACCGGUACCAACAGAGCGGCCAGCUGACGGAUCACUGAGCUUGUUAGCCAGCUAGCUAGCUAGCUAGCCCAGCUGUCUCUCCAGUUCAACUGUCCUUUGUCUUUACAAGCAAGACAGCCAGCUGGCAUCGUUUCUCCUCCUGGCUAGCUGACACCGGCUUUUGACAUUUUACUUUUUUUUCGCCUGACAAGAGUUAAGCAAACCAAGAUAGGCGGCUUGGGAACCAAGAUGUCGAACCGAGUGGUGUGCAGAGAAGCAAGUCACGCCGGGAGCUGGUACUCUGCUUCGGGAUCCCAGCUGAACGCACAACUAGAAGGCUGGCUGUCCAAAGCAGAGUCCUCGAUCAGACCUGCUAGAGCCAUCAUAGCGCCGCAUGCAGGGUAUACCUACUGUGGUGCUUGUGCAGCACAUGCCUACAAGCAGGUUGAUCCCUCUGUUACUCGUAGGGUGUUCAUCCUGGGACCUUCACACCAUGUGCCCCUCUCCCGCUGUGCCCUGUCAACUGCAGAGAUCUAUAGAACACCUCUCUAUGACCUGAGAAUCGACCAGAAGGUUUACGCUGACCUCUGGAAAACUGGGUUGUUUGACCGGAUGAGUCUGCAGACAGAUGAAGAAGAGCACAGUAUUGAAAUGCACUUGCCUUACACUGCUAAAGCCAUGGAGAGCCACAAAGACGAGUUUAGCAUCGUCCCUGUGCUUGUUGGUGCCCUGAGCGAGACCAAGGAACAGGAAUAUGGGAAGCUCCUCAGCAAGUACCUGGCAGACCCUUCCAACCUUUUCAUUAUCUCAUCUGACUUCUGCCACUGGGGUCAACGGUUCCGCUACACAUACUAUGAUCAAUCUCAAGGGGAGAUCUACAGGUCUAUCGAACAUCUUGAUAAAAUGGGGAUGGGCAUUAUAGAACAGCUGGAUCCCAUGUCUUUCACCAACUACUUGAAGAAGUACCGCAACACCAUUUGUGGGCGUCACCCGAUUGGAGUGCUUUUAAAUGCUGUUGCUGAGCUGAGGAAGUCUGGUUUAGAAAUGAACUUCUCUUUCCUGAAUUACGCCCAGUCGAGUGAGUGCAGGGACUGGCACGACAGCUCCGUGAGUUACGCUGCCGGGGCUCUCAUCGCUCAUUGAGGUCGACUUUCGCAGGGGCCACUGCAGCGCCGCCCUUACUAUCUAUCGCCAUAACCUGACCCAGACACCCUCUCUCACCCCAACCCCCAGUUACGCCCACUAUUUGCAGGAAGGACCUAGACACUCAAAGCCAAUACAGUCUUCUUUCUCUGUCUUUCCCUCAGCUCUCUUCCGCCUUUCUCCACCCUCCUCUCAGUUUGAAGUGUGUCUCAGAGCUUUUGGUUGAUUUUUGCUUGAAGUGCAGUUUUGAGAUUAUGUAGGAGCAAAUGGUUAGAGGAGAUAAGGAAGAGUGCGUAUUGUUUUGGCUCGGAGUAAGCGUUGGGAGGGGGAAAUCUUAUUUUGUUUUCCUGACAAAACGAUGGAUUGGAGUUGUAAUGAUGCAAUCUUUACAUUUGAGCUCUUGGCGAUCUGUGCUCAUGUAAUUUGCCUCAGAAAAGGAAUGAAAAUAAAACUGCAGAUUUGACUGACUGCUUCAAGCUACAUGCGACUUAAACUUUCAAAACAGUGUCACAGGUAAUUACUACCAUUGCUCAACAUAUGUUGUAGUUGCUAACAAAGGGCUGCACCCAACAAAGUUCACUAACCCCCCUACUGUACAAAACCAAAAACAUUAUUACUCUGUUUAUUAAAUAUUAUCUUUUAUUCAUAUUUUAUUCCUUUUAUUUCUCCCUUUUUUAAUUAGUUUUAUUAGACGUGAUAGUAUUUACUCGAGUAGUGUGUAGAUUUGAAGAAAGCAGUGUUGUCAGUUACGCUCUAAAAGCCAUCGACAUGGUUUGCCCAAAAAAUUAAUGUGUGCAACACUGCUUCCAUGAUUCCAGUUAUAAAUAUACCUGUAGCAUUAUAGAUAUGUUUUGCGGGGGCCGACUCCAGUUGUGCUACAGAAAUCAAAGCUGGAUAUUGUGUAAAUUACUCCAACACUGACAGGUUUAGUCUUUGUUUACACUGCCACCUUGAAUCUCUGUAGGCAGGAGAAUCGAGCGAAAAUUUCUUUUUUGCUAGACUUGUAGAAAAACUCCUUUUUGUUACACAUUCAGUUCUGUAAGAGCGGCAAAACUUUUUUUGGCCUAACCAAAGUGGUAAAGGCCUAGAUGAUCUGUUUAAAGGCAUAGUUUGGAUUUAUUGAAGAGGAGUUGUAAGAGAUACUUAUCCAUAGUCAGUGUAUAACCGACAGUAGUGCCCCCAGUGUGGAGAACCAGGCAGGAAUAUGAUAACAGAAGCAAGUGGCCCACUAUAAAACAAACCCCCCCUGCUUUAUUUAAGAAAGUAUUUUGAAUAUUUUCAUCUUAGUCAGUGGACACACCUGACCAAAGAGACCUGUUUCAGACAGCACUGUUUAAGUUUAUGCUCAGAGAAUUGAAGCCCUUAUAUAUUCUCUUGUGUUUUUUGUUAUUGUGCGACUUCGAUGUUUUAAUAAUUCAUUCACCAAAGUCAUACAAUAAUACAAAUAAAUUAAAACAAUUGAGGCAGCAGUGGACCAGAAACUCCCAUGGUUUGCAAUUAAAAUGAUUGGUUUUGUCAAAGGAGUCUGGUUGCUUUGAAGAAGCAUAGACAACAGCACCAGUUUUCCAUCUGUCACUUAUGUAAAGCAAUGAAUAUAUUGUAACUAUACUACAUUUUUAGUUUUCCACAGCAGUACGUAGUUUCUGUAUCAGUAAACAUGCCUGCUUCUCCAGACUGGGUGCACACUGUUGGUAAACUACUGACUAUGGAUAAGUACCUCAUACAGCCCCACUUUAAAAACAAAACAAACUGUCCCUUUAAGUAGUUAGAACUGUUAUUAGCUCUGUUCACUAGUUAGUAAUUUACAGCUCUUUGGGUUAACACGUUUUGAUUUUAGAAUGCCAAAAGUUAUUGGGAAGAUAAGUCAUCCUUAAAGGUUAAAGGUUUCUAGUUUUGUUGCUUCUGAGUGUAUGAGAAUUCACUUCAAAAUGACUCUCGAGGCAGUCGGAGGAUAAAUUAGAUGAGGUUAGCUAAAACAAGUAAUAGAUGGGCAGAGUUUUAAGAUCAGCACAAAGUCAUAAUGCUUUGCUAUAAUAAAAUAUACCCAUAAAAAUGACAGGUGCUGCUCCCUGCUGUAUUUUUUUUUUUUUUUUAAAUCUAUGGAAUCUCUAAAAAACAAAACAUGAACGUCUGCUUUAUGAAAUGUCAAGCACGAGGAUCACAAUUAUAUACAAAAUGUUUAUUUCCUUUUUCAAAGUAAUAUGCUAUGUAGACCUGCUGCCUGAAAUAUAUGAAGUAAUAUUUUCAUAGAUUGCAUACAAAAAGCUGAAUGCAAACACCUGAUGAUUCAUAGUGGCAGUAUAGGCUUUUAAUGACAGUAUGAUAUAGGCAGCACAAAACGUCUGCUGUCCUGUUGUCUGAUAUUUGAAUAUCACUGACUGACUUUUACUGAUGCAGUCCUCUAACCACGGGCCAUCCCUCACGGCGCCAUAAGAGGUCUCACGCUUAGCGUUAAGCUACAAUAUCUGGUUGAACCAAAUGGGCACAGACUGAAAGAUGAAUUCUCAGACUCACUUGACGCUAAUUUAAGGGAAACUAGUAAAGCAUGACACACUGUGCUAUUGUGCCUUUUAUCACUGUUGCACAUAUACAUAUAAAGUGUAUUCUCACUUUUAGUCUUAUUUUAGAAUGUGUACUUUCAGUGUUUGUUUUUCCACAUGUACCCUCCUCCUCGCCCAGUGCCCGAUAAUGUUUCCAGCUCACCCAGCACUCUAGGAGUGUGUGUGUGUGUGUCCCCUCAUCUGUUGGUCUAAAAUGGCACCAACUGUUAUCUUCUUUCUCCAGCAGGGAGUGGUGUACUCUUUUCUCCACCUCACCUCAUUCCUGUAGAGAGACAAAGGCUGAACCUCAACGCUGUUCAUUUUCUGUUUAUUGAUCUUUGUUUUGUCUUUUAGAAAUGUUUUUUGUAUACAUUUUUUUUCUUGCUUAGAGAAUGGGAACUUACACGUCACAAACCUAAAAUAUACUACUUAACUACUCCCAGAAUGGAGUUUUUUUGAUCUCAGGUUCCACUGACAAAGCAUCCCAAAAGGCUCUUCAGAUAAGGCCGUGGAUUCAUGUUACAAAACAAGUAAAAUGUACUGAAAAGCA